AUGGCCGUCAUUGUCGAGGUUCCUACAAGUGAGCCGGACCAGGCACCUGCUGGACGCGACGGACGUUUCACGUCCGAGCAGAAAGCCAAGACGGUGCCUCGAGACAGGUCACAGCGUGAUUUCCUACGCCAAUUUGUCUCGCAAACCCCGGAGCCUUCGGGUCAUACCACUACGAAGUCUCAAGAGGCCUCGAGACUUCCAGAUGUCAAAGAAGAGCCCCACCGCCGGUAUACACCUCAUAAGAUGGCUCACUCGGAGUUUCAACGAGAGGCGUCGCAGAUACCGGAGGGCGGGUGGUUCAGGAAGACAACCGACGACGCAGGAGGUGGUGGACGCGGACCACCCAGUACAGGCGGGUCCAGUCCUACCACUACUAAUGAGUCGAGCUCAGAGAGUGAAUCAGAGGGCGCAUCAACGCCGCCUAGCCCGUCGUCUUCAGACUCGGACUCGUCUCGGUCAGGCAAGUCCAAGAGCGAGAAGAGACAUCGCACUCGACAGAAAUCAGACCACAAACGAAUGCGCAAGGCUCUGGCAGGUAUCAAAAUCAAACCACCGUUUGUGUGGGAUGGCACUGCAGACCUCGACGUGUUUGAUCAGUGGACCUAUGAAGUAGACACCUGGGGCGAGCUCAAUGAACUAUCCGACCGUAUCGUAUUGAAGCUGAUGGUGCAGUUCAUGAGCGGGGAUCCGGGACACUUCUUCAUGUGUCAUGUAUCGACUAGACAGUCGGAAUGGACGGUCAAGAAGCUGUACGAAGCUCUAUUUGACUAUUGCUUCCCAACCGAUUACAAAGCGCGACUUAGAGCACGUCUGGAACGCUCUGCACAAGGGCGCAGUCGUGUACGCGAUUUUGUGCGAGAUAUACAACAGCUAGCCAUCCAAUUCCCCGACGUUUCCGACUUUCAGCUUGUCCAGAUCUUUUGGCGAGGCUUGAACACCUAUAUCCGUGUAUACCUCAUCGAGAAGGGGCUGAACCCUGAGAAGACGAAGCUUGAUAAGCUCGUUAAAUACGCGAUCCAAAAGGAGGAAGCUUACUCCGAGGCGCGACGCGAAGAACGAGCAUUCAGUGGUCAAGUUCCCGGACGUUCAUGGGGACGUUUCGGGACGCGCGCGGAGGGUCCUGAGCCGUACAAACCGAGCGCAGAACGGCAGGAGGGCGAGUCCUACAAACCGAGCGCAGAACGGCAGGAGGGCGAGUCCUACAAAGACAAGUCAAAGCCAACCAAGAAUACGACUGCAGAGAGCAAACCAUCCCGUAAUGAGACGGCUAAGGCCCCGCAAAAGGACCACGAAUGUAGCAAUCCCUUGUCCCGCGAAGAACGCGAUCGCCUGCGUGCAGAGGGACGCUGUUUCACCUGUAAGGACGUUGGACAUCAGAGCAGCAAUUGUCCGACCAGGAAAACGGCGAAGGCACCUACAGGACCAGGCAUACAUGUCGGCUCCAUCAACUUUGCUGACCUUGAUCGACUGGCCGCGCGCGCGCAACGAGCGAGCGAUGAUGCGCUCUUCUUGGGCGCUGUAUCCUUUGAGACACUCGACGAGGACAAGCCUAUGGCCUCAACUGAGGGCGUAUGGGCGCGCGCACAUGAGGAGGACUGUAAAGAAUACAUACAGGCUCUAUUCCAGUCGUAUUACGACGAGAUGACGGCGCACUCCGUCGGUCUUGAGCCUUUGCAGUGUUUCGAAGUAGAUGCCUAUGGUGGGCGGAGCACAUUCCUUGUUGUCGACCACCUGGCACCCAUCGGACUACCAGACGAAUACAUCGUCACUCGGGAACAGCUGGACAAUCCAAGCUGGGGCGUACCUGAUAUCAUUCAAGAGGAAUGGGACGCUUUCAUCCAGAUCCCGCCAAGACCUGAGUGGGGAACAGGAUUUCCUCAGUGCGAUGCUCGAAUGGACGGAGAUGUUUCACCACUGUACUGGCUCCGUGCACAUGUAAAAGCGUCGCUCCGUAAGGAGUUUCCGGACGUCCCAGAACAGACAGAGCUGGUACACGUGGGUCUACAUCCGCAUGGAUAUGUUGCGACAUCAGCUCUGAACGACGAAGAAUACAUCUUCACUCACGAGGAUGUUACACAGCCUACAUUCGACCCGACGGCUGUUUCGCGAGUAGUGCUGGAUGGAUAUUCUCCGGACGAGCUAUGGCAGCACUGGAGGGCGAAAGAGCGACGCAAACAGCGCCGUCUUCGACUCAUGGUUUGCGCUGUAGGUAUGCGCAAACCUCAGCAACAUCGCAAGAAGAAGCCGGUGGCCGUACCUGCGAAUGCGAUCCCAGCGAUCGAAUGGAACACAAUGCGCCCAAAGGACUACACCAGGACCACCCCCAUGCCCGUGGUUGUGUCUAUCAGUAUCAACGGUCACCCGGCGCGGGCUCUGUUGGACACUGGGUGUAUGGCGGACUUUGUAUCUACCACAUUGGUCGAUCAGCUGAAGAUCCACACGGAUGUUCUAUAG